CCCUUGCACUACUUCAAUUCAACCCUGACUUCCGCUUAGGCUAUGUUUGUUUCCCGGAAAGUGGACAUUGGGAAAGGAAAUACUUUCAUUUGCUGCGUUUGGGACAGCCAAGGAAGGGAAACACUUUCCCAAAUGAAAGGAAAAAGUGGAGGAAAUUGGUUAUUCACUUUCCCAAAUGUCAAGCCCAAUCUCCAAUCCCAAUCUCGCAAUCCAAACCGGGGGUCAAUAAUUUUUUCGCUACUCACAGUAAUGCACACCACCUGUUCGACGUAUUGACAUGCAUUUCAAGCACCUCUUCCGUGGCCUAAACCUCAUCAAAACCCUGACCCAUCACCAAACUCGCCACUACGCUCGCCACCCAUUUCCCAACAAGCUCUCCCACUACCUCUACCGCGCCAAACUCAUCGAUUCCAUUCGCCUCAAGCUCCGCAGCAAUGCCCCAAACUCUCUUGCUGCUUUAGCAAAUGACAGACUCCUGGAUUCUUUUGUGGUCACUCAAGCCCUCCGCUCUGCUCCCUCAGCUGACUCUGCACUCUUGCUUAAUGAAAUGCUUGAGUCCAACCCCGACUUCAUGCAUACCCAGAACACGGUUCAUGCGUUGGCUACGGUUCUGGCCAAGUCAGGAAGAGCCGGGGAGCUCAAGUACCUCAUUGAGGCUGUCAAUGCCGGGAGGUUUCGGAACGUUAGGCUGAGUUUUAUGAACGUUAUGCAGUGGCAAGCUGCUGUUGGGGACGUGGAGGCGGUUCUUCAAGUGUGGGAGGAGUAUAGAGGGUCGGAGAAGCGUGUGUGCGCUGAGUCUUAUAACAUUGUCAUGAGGGUUUAUGCGCAAAUGGGGAAGGACUGUGAGGCGGUGCGGGUUUUUUAUAGGAUGAUUGAAGAAGGGGCGCUUCCGAAUUGUAGGACUUAUACGGUGAUGAUUGAGCAUAUGGUGAAUUGUGGGAAGUGGAGGUCUGCAAUGGAGGUUUUUAAGGUGUUGCCUUUUAUGAGGGUGAAGCGCACUUUGAGCCAGUAUUCGCUUUUGGUGGAGGCGUGCGUUGGUGCGAAACAGUUUGAGGAAGUUAAGGCUUUACUUGAGGAAAUGCAGGUUGAUGGACUGUUGCCUGGCCGAGCCAUGCGUUUAUCGUUGGAACAAAUUCAAGAGGCGGGGUUUAUUGAGGAGACUGAAAAGUUUCUGAGGGAAAUGCUGCCCAAUGAGGGAAUCAAGAGUAUAGGGUAUUGUGAUGAUAGUAGUGAUGAUGAGGAGGAUGCUGCUGCUGCUGCUGCUGAUGAUGAUGAUCAUGCUGGCAAAAGUAAAGAAGCUGGUGGUGUUCAAUUAAAACCAUGGUUAGACCCGAGAUCACUAGCAAAUGCGAUGCAAAGUUGGACCCCUGAUGAGGUAUCAGCAUUAGAGGAGGCAAAAUUCGUGUGGACUACUCGGUUAGUAUGCAAGAUUCUUAGGAGUUUUAAAUCAGCAGAAACGGCUUGGAAAUUCUUUUGUUGGGUUGCUUGUCAGCCAGGUUUUACCCAUGAUAUUUACACAGUUCAAAGGAUGAUGACCCUUUUAGCACGCCAUGGACAUGCUGAAUUGGUUGAUAAACUUUUAUCCAAAGUAAGGAUGGAGCAAAUGAGAUUGCCCUUUUCAACAAUCAGGCUGAUCAUUGACUUUUAUGGUAUCUCGAAGAAUGCUGACGCUGCUCUGAAGGUCUUUCACAAUGAUAGAAACCUCUGUGGCCCUAUAUCAAAUUUCAAUCUGAUGCUUCUGUAUUCAUCUCUAUUACGGACAUUGACCAAAUGCGGGAGGGAUUCUGAUGCAUUGGAUGUACUUGAAGAGAUGAGCUUGAGUGGGAUUUGCCCUGAUAUCCAGACAUUUUCUGGGUUGAUGCAUCAUUUUGCACUAAAUGGGGACAUCAAAACUGUGCAAAAACUAUUUGCAAUGGUUAGGCAGAGUGGAGUCCAGCCAGAUGCUUAUAUGUUUAAAGUACUGAUUCAAGCAUAUUGUAAGUGUGAGAGAGCUGCUCUUGCAUGGAGAGCUUUUGAAGACUUGAGGAAUUUGAAUUUGCUGCCGGACGCUGCCACAAAAGAGUUGCUUGUAAAGAGUCUUUGGAAGGAAGGCAAGCGGAGAGAGGCUGCCGCUGUAGAAGAGAGUUGCGAGGAAACAAGUGAUGUUCUUCCACUCACAUUGCGUGGUCACAUAUGGACGGUUAGCUCUGCUGAUCUCUCAAAAGUUUUUUCUAUUUACUCCAGUAGCUUUACAUCAGCUGGUAAAUAGUAUUUUAGAUUAUUGAAAAGAGCAAUGAUACACUUCGUAGCCAAAUAUUCAAGACGUACGUUUUGAAGUUAGAGCAGUACUUUUUGAAGAUGUUUGUGCUUGUAUUUUUCUGUAAUAUGUACUGGCAUUUUCCCCCUUCAUGGUGGAUUAAAAUGAAAUCAAGUCUAAUGUCUUUUUCUGGAAAUUAAUCAAGUUUCAUGUGUUUCUUUAAUGCCUGGUUAUAUGUUUGUAUGCCAUAUAGUCACUCUGGUAAUGUAUUUUCUUUUUAAUUGCCUGCUAUUUGCUUGUAUACAAAAUGGAACUACGGAAGUAUAGCUACUGCAGUUAUCUACCAUGGUUGGCCUUUUAUCUUCAUAUGUAUCCCUCUCGAGUAGCUGUUUCACACCAAUUCUGUGGAUAUUAUUAAACGAGUAUCCUGAUUUCAAACUCUUUUGUUUGGAAUCUUCAUUUGUAUGUUUUGUUUAUUUACACAGAGGUACCAGUUUUUUCAGAUUGGCCUUUUCCAACAGGAAACUAUUGCCUAUGGGCGUUUUACAGGCCUAAAAACCCUUCUGAGGUCCUAUUUUUGUUUCACAUUAUGAUCGAAUUCCAUGGUUAAAAGGAAAUGAAUUGGUCUUGCGUCUUUUAUUAUUGAUAAAACUGGAUUGCCUAAAAUUUUUGCUUGGGUGUUGUACAUAGGUUGAGUUUGUGCUUUACACUUCAUAGCCUGAGCUUCUUCUUUCGGGGAGUAAAAGCCCUUUAUCAGUUCCUAUACUUUUGUCUCAUAUUGUAUCUGAUGCCAUGGUUAAAUGGAAAUGAGUUCGAGUCUCGUGUUUAGUUAUCAAUAAAAAUGGAUUGCCUGAUCAUUUGCUUCUGUACGUUACAUAGGCUGAGCACUUGACCUAAUCAGGCUUUGUAUACUCACUGGCUCUCUCCACCUAUUAGCUAAAGCUUUUAUAUUGAAAUAUUCAAUAUGGUCUCAAAGGCACCAAGUAUAGGUUACCUGAACAGAGACAACCAAAAAGCUAGGGAUCACCUAUUCACUUGCAUACCCAUCAAAACAGUACAAGCAUCUUGGAAAUUAUGCACAUGUAACUUCCAUAUUCCACUGUGGUAAAAAUGUGUUUCUUCUUUAGUUGCCUGGUUAUUUGUUUGUUUCGAAAACAGUAACACAGCUAGUUUCAUUAAACUACUACAAGCCGCCCCUGUUUAUCUUAUGUAAAUCCCUCUUGCAGCCGCUUAGCAUCUAAUGUGUGGUUAUUUUGAUUAAAAUAAUCAGUUGUCUGUUUUUGUUGUCUUAACAUCAAGUACAAGUGUCAACAGAUUGGCCUUUUCCAACAGGCCAACCUAUAACUUGAGGGCAAUUCAGGUGGCCUACAAGCAUUAAGCAACCUGCAAUUAUUUUCUCCGUAUCAGGUCAGUUCCUAUCUUGAAAUGGUUUCAUGAUUUUGAUGCCAAUGGUUCCCUGCUAAUCGGAACUAUCAGGAUAUUCUCUUGCUGUAUGAUUUCAGUUCUGGUGGACCAUCAAGUAAUUGGUUUUCAGAUGUUGAGUUGUUGACUUUGUAUAAAGAAAUGAUAGUAGGGACGGACAAGCUGC